GUCGUGAGAUUAGGACUGCCGUAUCGAACAAGCUCGUGCUCGCGUCCAUGUAGCAAGGCCAUUUCUUUAUCUGCCUGCAACUUUAAGCCUCGAACAGAAGCAAAGACGUCAAAAUAUUAACCGAGCAAUCAGUAGCUUUUUCACGUGAUAUCCCUUUUCCCUUCUCCAUAUAAGCCAACCUCCACACAUCUCCCCACCCCUCAUCGCUUCGUCAAUUACCCUUUGCUCUGGCUUGCACUCCUCUGGUUCUGCAAGUCGUAGAACAGAGCCCAGUCAUGGCCCAUGAGGAAGGCUGGCCUCUCGGACUGGGCGCUCUGAAUGUACGAGCUGGAGUGCUCGGAGGUGUCGAUCUGUCUGGCUCAGCUUCCUUCAGCACGGCCUUCACCUCCUCUCACUGCCCUUCUUCCUUGCCCUCGACUGAUUUCGACACAGAGUCGGCCUUGUCCUUGCCGCGCGGCGGCGGCGGCAUGACGCUGGCGAGCCUGAUCGGCCUCGUGGACGCCAUGGAGAGCCGGCGCCGCCCGAGCGCGAGGGCGAGCAGGAGCGGGAAGCUCAGGGCGCUGCUACUCUCGCUCUGCCUCCGGAGCCACCUGGAGAACGGCAGCGCGGCGCCGUCGCUCGGCCAGUUCCUCGAGAUGGAGAGGAGAGCCAGCGGUGGUAGCAGGCCUAGCAGCCAUGUCCACGGACACUGAAGUUAAUCACUUCACUCCUACAAUUCUUUGCAAAUCGCAGUAGCAACGGCGGCGCGGGAAUAAAGUUUUCUUCACAUUUCCUUUUU